ACACUGACAAUCUGACCUGCCUGCAUGAGGAUUUCUUCUUACCAGAAUGCAUCCCAGCAAGAAGAAAGGCUGGGACCCUCAUCUUGGAUCAGAGCUCAGCCAGGCAUGGAGUCAACUGGACAAGACUCGGAAAGAGAUUUCCUCCAAGCUCGGUCACCAGUACGUUGCCUUGGGUUCACAUCUCGUACUGGGAAGGCCGUUCUUUCUCUUCUUGUGGCAUCUGUUUACAAAUGUAAACUGCUCGACCUUGAUAAAGUCUUAGUAGAGCGCCAGCUAAGAUACGAUCUAUUGAUGUUAACAUUCUGUCCCGAGGGGAAGAAUCAGCUUGCUGUCGACUGCCUUUUCCGCGUCACGCUGAAUGGCAACGAGAUUCGCGCAGAGAUUUGUGGCGACGAUGGUUAAAUUAAAUUUUGGUGUUUAGAGAAGAAAUGCUGUUGUUGUUGGUUUGUUUCCUAUGUUGUCAGGUUUUUGUAGUACCGUAAAUUUCGGUCUACUGAGUACACCUGUAUAUAAGCCGCAGCCACAAAUUUUUUUAAAAAAAAUCUCUUUUUCACCAAUAAGCCGCAAAUAUUUACAACUUGAAGCCUGCAUCGUAGGCAGUUCGUCUCGUUUUGGGCAUGAUGAGGGUGUGUGCUUCGGAAGCUGAAAUGAAUGUUUCAAUUUUAUGCGGUUUUGAUUUAAAAUGUGAAAAGUUAAUAAUGUAACAGCGUUAAUGGUUAACACUCAACAUGGAGCUCAACGAAAAAUUAAUGGCAAUCUGAAAAAUCGCAAAAAAACCAACCUCAUCGCUGUUUAAGCCGCAGAGUUUAAAGAUAGAGAAAAAAAAAAAAGUUGCGGCGUUUAGUCGGAAAUUUACGGUAAUUUUACAUGGGAGAUUUUGCGAGGUCGUGCGCACUUGUCCCGCAGGACGAUAACAAUCAACGGAAAGAAAUGUUCAGCAUCAGAUUUGUCUCAGUUUUCAGUCGGUUAAAGAGAGACGGGAAGAGGGGAAGCUGGCAGCGAGAAAAAAAAAAAAUAAAAAAACCGGCGAGCUGCAUAGCGAACGUGGAGAAAAAGUUGUCAAAAAUAACCCUUCUCAUUUUGUUUGUUGUUGUAUUAGAUGCUAGGCGUGUUUUUUUUGUUUUUGUUUUUUUUUUUUGUUGGUUUUUUUGUUGGUUUUUUUUCGUUUUUUUUCAAAUUUCUCGCCCCUUUAAAUUUUAGUUGAAUGGCUAUCGGAGUCGAAAAGGCUAUAUAAGCCAGUGUAUUUUUCCCCGCCGCAAACUUGUUUUGUAAGGAGGUGUUUGCCCAUUAGCGUGUGUUUUGUCGGUAUUAUAGACGAAGGACACGCUUGAAGACAGUUGGCAGGCACUCGGGUGCAUGGGUAUUUCGCCUUCAUGAAAAGAUUGUUGACAGAAAAGGGGCCUCUUCAACACUCUCUCGCCGACGGCAAAAAAAAAAA